CUAAAUCAAAUUAAUCACACUUAAACACACAAAAUAUAUAAUUAAGUUAUAUAAGUAUUUACUAUUAACAUUGCAAAUAACAAGUUGAGAGUAAUAAAGAAAUUAUUUGGAUGUGGACGACCAUUGAGAUCAUUAUAGAAUCAGUAGUCUUAUAUACGGUGUAAUAAAAAAAAGAAUAUGAAUAUAAUGACACAUGAAGUAGUGUCCCGCAAACGCAAAAUCCAAGAAACAGUAACUGAUGAAGAAGAAUUUGUUACGAAGAAAGCUUCAAACAAAGAGCAAUCUGUUACGAAGGAAGCUUCAGACAAAGAGCAAAGGCAACACAUUAUCAAUUUAUGUAUUUCCAAACUAUCCAAGAGGUAUAAAAUAGUGCGUACGACUAAUUCAUCGAUAAAAAAAAGUACAUUGGACAAGGAAAACCAAGAAAACCCGGAAAGUGAAUUCAAGAAUGGCGAUCAAAUUAAAAAACAGAAGUUGAAUAUUUCUAUACGUAAACACAGAAAAAUAGCUGUGGGCCUUAGCCGUUCGGUGUUGAUAGAAAACACUCUGAAUAGACUCAAAGAUGUGAACAAAUUAGAAGAGCAGCGUAAGAAGGAAUAUUUAGAAUUUAAAAGAAUCCCCUGUAAUUUUGCCCGGUGUGUGAUGAUAAAAAAUAUAUUGAGUAAAUAUCAAAAUAAGGUGCAACUUAAAGAGCCGUCAAAUGAAUCAUCAGCAUUUUUUAAGUUAGUGUUACCAAGAGCGUCUCCAGCUGACUACAUCUACAAUUCAUUAUCUACACCAGAACCACCCGAAUUGUACAACUUUGAAUAUUUUCAUAUUUUCAUGGGAAUGAAUUAAAUUCUAUAUAAUAGAUU